GGGGAAGUAUUGUUUUUCUUUUUAUUGAUUUAUUGUUUGUUUGUUUUUGUAUUGCAUGAUUCUAUUGUUACAUUUUAAUGUUUUUUUUAGUGCUCACGCCUGUGUGAGUUCAUGGCCUUGAAGGACACUGGCAUCAGACAAUUAGGACAGGCCUCUAUCAGCCAGAGGACUAAAAGGGGUUUGGUGGGAGGGAUGAGAGACAAUAGGAGAUGCUGGAGAAAGAGUGGAGAGGCAGAGCAGGCUAUGUAUAUGUCCCAGCCUUUGUAAUGCUACAGACAGAAGUUUGAAACAGCUGGCAGUUCCAGAAAGUCAGGUGCAGGUGGAGUAUAGACUCCUACACGAUGUCUGUGAGUACUGCUCCACUAAAGUAAAUCAAGUGACUGUCAGUUGUUUUCCAAGGCUGGGGUGCAGCACUUGGCAAGGUGGCAAGUAGAUUGUUGUGUUUCUACUGUACUUGAGCACUCAAAGCACUUUAAAGAACAGGCUUCAUGGAAAUAUGAAGGAUGUUGUUUACACAGAAAUAUAACCCAGUGUAUACAAUUGUCUUCGAAUGCCUCGAAUCUGCCCAGUAGUACCGACUUCCUCAUACUCAAGAUGAAGAGUUUUGAAAUAGAAAGUACACUCAAAGUUCACUGGAAACGUAAGUGUCAGUGGGCAUGUUUCAUCCAAGCUGAAUCAUAGCAUGUUUCAACAUUUGCAAGUUUCCCAACAAUGAGAAAUUCAAAAGAUCAUGAGAUCUCUCAAUAUGAAAGUGUUGUCAGUUAAGUUCAUUUGUUACUGCCCACUGUGGUGAACAGUUCUGUGAGACCAGAUUAUUCACAUUGUUUGGUGACUUUUUAUUGCUUUAAUUUCAAUAUACCCAGAUUUUCCAACUAUGAUGUGUCCGGUUAACUUUAGGCAAAAUCUACAGUAAAGAGAAGUACUGAGGUAUUUGAAAUCAUGUUAGAACAGAGAUACAAAGAUAAGUUAUCACUGGGCUGGGCUUAAAAUGGGCUUAAUGAUGUAAGUAUUACGCUCGUAUAAAUCAUUGUGCAACAAAUCUGAACAAGCUUUCGGGAACUAGACUCAGACUAAGCAGUUCAUUGUAAAAUAACUUAUUUCGCUUCCCAGGCUGUUGUUCUCAUUGGUUCCCAUCAGUUUGAUCGACUCUUUUCGCUAAGUUGCCAAUACGAGUUUACUCUCCUUGCUUCAGUCUGUAGAACAAGAGGACAAAAAAUGGAGUACAGAAGAGAAGUGCUUGUUGUUGCAAUAAUUUUCACAGUUGCCUGCAGCAAAGUGACCACACAGGAAACAAGACUACUGGAUUUUCUAAAUAACACAGAUGUCGUAGAUGACCAGUAUGAUGGAUGCCGUGAUGAGGCCAUGAAGAAGUUCAUCGAGUCAGACGUGUUAAAACGAGAACUAAAUAACAGUAAAGGAUUUCAGAAAGCGUGGAACAAAAGUAUCGAGUGUUCAAAGCAGAUCCCUGGAGGAAGAAAAGAGCAUACUGCUGCACUUUCAGUCUAUGUUAAUGGGGAUCGAUCGUUCAUACAAACACUGAACAAAGCAAUAGAGACAAUGGGUGGAAAUGUUAGCAUCUAUGAAAACCACUUCCACUUCAAGUCUCUUCAUUUCCUGCUGAUGGACUCCAUGAGGCUGCUGAAGCCAAAGGAGUGCAAGAACUUUUAUGUUUUUCAAGAUGGUCAAAACCAACCACAGAAAGGCUCCACAGUGAGAUUUACAAGUUUCACCUUAGCUUAUUCAAACUAUGAAGAGCUAAAGAGUUUUGAAGAUGUCGAUGAAAAUACGAUUUUACAUCUCACUUCUUGUUUCUUUGUCAACCUGAAAGACUAUGUGUGCGGUCAAGAACAGGAUGAAAUACUCUUAUCUCCAGCAGAAGUUUUCACUGUGGAACAAAUGGAAACAAAAACUACAUCGGAUGGUGACGAAUACCUCGAGAUUGUUUUAAACCACUCAGGACUGAACAGCUCACACAACUGUUACAGCUUUCCACAGAUGUCAGGAGGGCAGGAGACUACCACAGCUGUCACAGAGCAAGUCAGUGUUCCAGGAGGGCAGGAGACUACCACAGUAAUCACAGACCGAAACAGUGUUCCAGGAGGGCAGGAGACUGCCACAGUUGUCACAGACCGAAAUAGGUCUCCUCCAGCUGUUGUCUCCAUCCUGUGGCUUGUAUCAGUGCUUUCGGCCUUAUCUUUGUUUUGUUUUUUAGCUGUUUAGCAAAAACAGUUAUCAUUCAGUUUUCUGGGUUUUAUCAUCUACAAUAUUGCUGCAAAUAUUCAUACAAUGUCAAAAAAAUGGUUCAUGUCAUAUUUAUCUGAAAGAUCUUUUACUGUUUGUAUGACUCAAGUGAUGUCCAAAUCAACAGUUUUGCCUUGUGGAGUGCCUCAGGGAUCUGUCCUGGGUCCAAUUCCCUUUUUGCUUUAUAUAUAUUUCACCUAGGCCAAAUUAAAUGGGGGCUACAAUAAUAUCGCCCAUCAUCUCUAUGCUGAUUAGAUUCAGUUAUACUGCUCUUUUAAAGUCUCUGAGUUUUAUAAAUUGUCUAGUUUAAGUAAUUGCCUGACAGAAAUCAAGCAACGGUUAAACGACAACUUCCUCCAGCUAAAUUAUGAUAAAACAGAAACUUUGAUUAUUGUUCCCGACCAUAUGAUCUCAGAAAUUAGGCAGCAUCAGCUUCUUAGAGCCUUCUGUUAAAUCGAGCCUUAGAAACCUUGGUGUCAUAUUUGACAGCUCCGUUUCCCUUGAGCAACAUUCCAAAUGGCUGGUCCAGAACUGUUUUUAUCAUCCAAGGAAUAUUUCAAAACUCGGACUAAUGGUGUCAAAGGCUGAACUUGAGAUGAUUAUUCAUGCUUUUAUUUCUUCCCGUUUGGAUUAUUGGAAUGGUCUUUUUACUUGUUUUAACAAAUUAGCUUUAAAUCAUCCUCAGACUGUGAAGAUUGCUGCAGCAAGACUCUCAACAGGCACCAACAGAAGAUCACAUAUCACUCCAGUUUUAGCCUCCCUUCACUGGUUGCCUGUAAGUUUUAGGUUUCAUUGAAAAAUGUUAGUUCUAACCUUUAGGGACCUACAUGUUCAAGCUUCCCAGUACAUAUCUCACCUGCUGAAAUCGCAUUCCACUUCCCGAUCUCUAAGGUCAUCAGGUCAGAGACUGCCGGUGGCCCCAUGCACUCAAUUCAAAACUCGUGGUGAUUGGGCCUUUCGGGCAGUGGCACCACGGUUGUGGAAUUCUCUUCCACUAUUUUUACGCUGUUACUGACUCCACUGAUUCUUUUAAAAAGCAGUUGGUGACAUUUUUAUAUAGACAAGCUUUCAAUUAGUUUGUUGUUUUUAUGUUGUAUUUUAUUGUUUUACAUUGUUAUGUUGUAUUUUCAUGCUUUGUAUUGUGAAGCAUCUUGUGAUUUUUAUCUGGGAAAAGCGCUAUAUAAAUAAAUUUUUACUUACUUACUUACAAUUAUUUGGGACGUUAUCUGACAGAUUGUGAUGAAUAACUUUGUCUUAGUAGUAAUUUUCUGCUUCUGUGCUUAUGCUAUGAAUUAUAGACUUCAUUACUUCAGAAUAUUUGAUAAAGAUUUUAAAGGGGUGCAAAAUACUAGAACUAGAAAUACACUAACUGCGAUCGAGUGUUAUUAUUUCCAAUACUGCUUUGAUUAUUCAUAUAACUGUUUGGCGCUUUAUUUGCCAGAUUGUGGUAUGUGCCAAAUUUGGUAUUACAAUAGGGUGCCAAGGUAUUGUGUAAUUUUGUUUUUUGCUUCUAUCAUAUGUUAUGAAUUAUAGACUCAGUUUACAUCUUUUUUAUGCAUGUUAGAAAAAUAUACUGCAAACUUUGUUUGUUAUUUCUUGUCAAGUAUUGUGCGCCUUUAAAAGGAUGAUAAGAAAUGAGAGAUGGGAAUAACUUGCAGCAAAUGUUCCUGCUUCUAAAGACAUCAGGAAUUUCUGUUUCCCUGUCAAAUAAACAACAUGGAAAUUUUAAAUA